AUGGAGAAAGGGGACUUGGACAAUAGCACAUUGCCAACGGAGUUUAUACUGCUGGGAAUAGGGAAUGUCCCCUCACUCCAGGCACCACUCUUCCUCCUCUCACUCAUCAUCUACUUGGUAACGAUUGUUGGGAACAUCCUCGUUGUUGUUGUUGUGGUGGCAGACCAGCACUUGCACAUGCCCAUGUACUUCUUCCUGGGCAAUCUAUCCUCCCUAGAGACCUGCUACUGCUCCACCAUCCUGCCCCGGCUGCUGGCUACCUUCUUGACUGGGGACAGGACCAUCUCUGCUCAGGGCUGUAUGGCUCAGUUCUAUUUCUUUGCUCUUUUUGCCACUAGCGAGUGUUACCUGCUGGCCAUGAUGUCCUACGAUCGGUAUUUGGCCAUAUGCCAGCCCCUGAUCUAUGCAAGCCUCAUGACCUGGAAAGCAUCUCUACAGCUGGCAGCAGCAUCUUGGCUAGUGGGAUUUCUUAUAUCUGCAGUAGUCACUUCUUUAUUAUCCCACUCAAGUUUCUGUGGCCCCAAAGAAAUUGACCACUUCUUCUGUGAUUUUAUCCCCUUGCUGGAGCUCACUUGUGGAGACACCAGGGUGGUCACACUACUAGCUUUCAUAUUUUCUGUCCUGGAUACAGUCUUCCCCUUCCUGCUCACGCUGGCCUCCUACAUGUGCAUCAUCACUGCCAUCCUGAGGAUCCCAUCUAGUGUGGGUAAGCAGAAGGCCUUCUCCACCUGCUCCUCUCACCUCACCAUUGUCUCUGUUUUCUAUGGCACCUUCAUCAUUGUCUACUUGCUGCCCAGAACUCCCCAGCUGAGGCAGCUCAACAAAGUGUUCUCCUUUUUCUACACUGUCCUCACGCCCCUGGUCAAUCCCCUCAUCUACAGUCUGCAGAUCAGGGAGGUCAGGGAGGCCCUGAGAAAAGUGCUCAGAGAGCUUUGGCCAUCUCCAAGAGCUCAGAGCAUUGCUGUGCCAGGAUGUUAA